AAGGUAUGUACAAAUACAUUUCAAAAAUUUCUUACAUUGUACAUUCUUAGAAUAAGCAAAAAAAGGUAUGGGAAAAAAUAUAAUUCAAGUUUCUUUUCAUGAUAUAUGAAUGACAUAUGGACCAAUAAGGUGUCACCACAAUUUUACAUUUCUAUAUGUCACUUAAUUGGUGAUAGCUUUCAUCAGUAACAUAAGUGUAUAUAAUUCAGAGGCCAACGUCACAAGUUGGCACAGACAAGCUUCAUCAGAAAACAGCGUCGUAUUUUAAAUACUUCCAAACCCAACCUAACAUUCCUUGGUUCCAAAUGGCCCCAUCCAUUCCCAUCGAUCCAGUCAUUUUAAAGCAAAAUGCCCAUCAACAAAGAGCCUAUAUGACAUUCCUGGCAGGUAAUGGAGACUAUGUGAAGGGUGUAGUGGGUCUAGCAAAGGGUUUGCGUAAGGUUAAAAGUGCUUACCCUCUCGUUGUUGCUGUGAUGCCUGAUGUGCCUGAGGAACAUAAAGAGAUCUUGAGGUCUCAAGGCUGUAUAAUGCGUGAGAUCGAGCCUGUAUAUCCUCCGGACGACCAGGUCUCUUAUGCAAGGGACUAUUACAUUAUUAACUACUCGAAGCUUCGUAUUUGGAACUUUAUAGAGUACAACAAGGUAGUGUUCCUUGACGCGGAUAUUCAAGUCUAUGACAAUAUAGACGAGCUCUUUGAUUUGCCAGAUGGUUACUUGCAUGGCGUUAUAGGCUGUUUCUGUGAGAAAACAUGGAGCCACACGCCCCAAUACAAAAUUGGAUACUGCCAGCAGUGCCCGGAAAAGGUGAAGUGGCCGGUCGAGAUGGAAUCUCCUCCUCCACUGUACUACAACGCUGGAAUGUUUGUGUUUGAGCCUAACCUCUCUACAUAUGAGAGCCUCCUCCAGACUCUCAAGGUCACACCACCUUCAGAAUUUGCAGAACAAGAUUUUCUCAAUGUGUUCUUCGAGAAAGUUUUUAAACCGAUUCCAUUGGUUUACAACCUGAUUAUGUCUGUACUUUGGCGCCACCCGGAGAAUGUGGAGCUGGAGAAUGUCAAAGUUAUUCAUUACUGUGCACCUGGAUCCAAGCCAUGGAAGUUCACUGGAGAAGAAGCUUACAUGGACAGAGAAGAUGUCAAAAUGUUGGUCAAGAGAUGGUGGGAUAUUUAUAACGACGAAUCCCUCGAUUUCAAAUCGUAAAGACCUGGUGAAGAUGCGGAAGCCCUUUUGAAAUAUUUUGGCGUGGCAUAGAGCCAAAUUAUGUUUACAAUUACUGUUUUGGUGUGUUUGAUUUCUAUGCUUUAAGUUAUAUGUUUUCUUUGAUUGUGUGGUGAGAAUAAAUUUUGUUAAACUAUAAUAAUUCAUGGCAUUUUGCUAAAAUAUUAAAAAAAAAAAAACAGAUCUAUCGUCUUUUUAUCAUAGAUUUUUGGUCGAUAUCUGGACCUUUAAUAUUUUAAGAUUAUUUGAAACAUUAAUAAAAAUAUUUAAUAAACCAAAAAAUAAAAAAAUGUAAAUGAUGAAUUGUAACAUACAAUCACACAUAUA